AUGUCACCACUAUCAUUGCAAGCCUGUUUGCAGAAUUGGGUUCUUGAUCGGCGGUGGCAAGAUACAAGUCUAGAGGCAAAAUUAUUACAUGAACCCGGUCUGCCUGGACCGAUCACAUUAGAGGAUUCUACUGUCAAAUUCGGAGCAAACGGGCUACUGAUACUAAAAGAUAUAGCUUCUAGUAUCUUGAAAGACGACUAG